GCGAACUACCCAACAAAGGUGCGGGACUGGAGAACCUCGAAGCGGUGCGACAGGACAACGGCAGAGGAUAGGCUGAAUGAAAACGCAAAGACAGAAUAGCCAGGUUAUAAUUACAAUGUUUUGUAGAUAUGUAAGAAAGAAGCUGUGUGCUUCACCACCAAAAUAACGGAAACGUUGCUGUUCUCUCUAGAGUCAAAGAACAGUUUCCCCCCCCCCCCUGAAAACCUCGAAAACCUGUCCGACGGAGUCCAUUUCAGCUGGUCCCACUGAGAGAAUGGAUGGACAACCCCAGGACUAGAGACCCGUUCUGUCAGCAAGAGCGAGAAGGACAAAAGCACGACCAUCUGUGCGUUUUAUGACUGAAAGAGGCUGCCAAUAAGCAGUGAGGACUGAUUUCACCUCUCCAGGUUACAGCCGCCUAUUGUUUUUCCCCCAUACAUUCCGGUGGUGGGAUGCUCCCUUAGGGUUGACUGCAUACAGCAUCAGCGGAAAUAUGGGUGAAGUUCAGGACGUCAGGGAUGCGAAGAAGAGCUUCGUCGCUCCGGCGAUAAAGUCCUUCGAGCAUUAUGACUUUUCCCGAGCCAAAAUCUGUUGCAGCCUCAGAUGGCUGGUGGCUAAGGCAUAUGGAACAGACAGCAUCCCUGCAGAACUAAAGGACCCCUUCUACACUGACCAGUAUGAACAGGAGCACCUGAAGCCCCCUGUGACCAGCCUACUGCUGUCUGCUGACCUGUACUGCAGGGCCGGCAGCCUCAUCCUGAAGAGCGAUGCUGCCAAGCCACUGCUGGGUCACGAUGCCGUCAUCCAGGCGCUGGCUCAGCGCGGUCUCUAUGUCACUGACCAAGACAGACUGGUCACCGAGAGGGACCUACGAAAGAGGCCUCUACAAAUGGGUGCCCACUUGGCCAUGAUUGACACUCUGAUGAUGGCGUACACAGUAGAGACUGUAAAUGUGGAGAAGGUAAUGGCUUGCACUCAUCAGUAUUCAUCCUGCGACUAUGAGGAGGAAAGACCAUAUGAUACAGAGGACGCUGUGACCACCUGGAUUAACAAGGUAAAUGAGUAUCUGAAAGAUGUUAUUGCUCAGGAACAGAAGAAGAAGGAGACACAGAGUGCUGAGCAGACUGGGAGUCCUAGGUCUCCAACCAAGUGGUACAUGAAGCUUGUGCCUGCUCGCUAUCGGAAAGAGCAGGCCUCUACCCAGCUGGCUCCCUGGAUCCCCCCAGUGGACAACCUACUUAAGGACAGCACAGACGGCUCGGCUCUGGGUGCACUGCUGCAUUUCUACUGCCCUCAGCUGCUGCCCCUGGAUAAUGUCUGUUUGAAGGAGAAUAUGAGUCUGGCCGACCGUCUCUACAACCUGCAGCUCAUUCAGGACUUCUGCAAAGACAACCUGAACAGCUGCUGCCAUUUCAGCCUGGAGGACAUGCUCUAUGCCUCCUCAACCAUCAAGAACAACUAUCUGGUGUUCAUGGCCGAACUGUUUUGGUGGUUUGAGGUGGUUAAGCCGUCUUUUGUAAAGCCAAGCGUGCUUGACAAUGAAGGGGAAGAAACAUCAUCCAUAUUAAAAAGUAUGCCUUUCAUUCCAAUCUCCAAAGCUACCAAGAGAAGUUUCAUGGAAAGACCUCCAAGUCCUGAAAGACCCAGUUUACCCCUUCGGCCCCAGCUUCGUAACACAGGAGAGAUCAAGAGAUCUAGCUCCAUGUCUUUUGUUGAUGGGAAUCUAGGCACAUGGCCCAAAGAGAAAAGGUCUGGGCCUUACGGGGUGUCAUUUGACAUCCCCUUUGACAAAGGGGAUUCUGCUCCUGCUGUACCUUCCUCUACACAUGGAAUGGUUAGAUCUAUCAGCACUGAUGAUGGUUCUGGUUUCAAGGUCCAGCACAUGCCUCGUGGAAUGAAGAGGAACCUGUCUUUCCAGCCAGUGAAUGGUCAGAGCAUUGGUAUCCAGGAGGAAGGCUGUCCAGAACGCCUUGCAGGAGUGGAGUCCUGCAGGCAAGCAUUCCCCAACGGACAUGGAAAUGUCCUGACAUCAGCUCCCUCUAUGGAAGAAUCCCUCCCGAACAUCCACAGCCCAACUAGACCACCUGUAGAGGGCAUCAACAAUGGUUUCUUUCUGCACAGCCAAAACCCUGGGGAUGGUGCUGGUGGCUUGGACCCUCUGUCAGAGUCUGAUUCCAAAGAACUUUUGAGCACCGCAGACACCACCGAGGUGGACACCGGCAUUCACAUCCGCACAGAGGACAUGCUGGAUGAAGAUUCCUCUUUGAAAGACCUCUCUGUAAACAUGGACCUGGAUGUGGACACACCAAGUCCCUGUCCAAGCAAUCAGAGCAAAUCUCCCUCGGGAGUGAAGUUGACCAGCUUUGCCGAGCAGAAGAUGAGGAAGCUUAGUCCAUCAGCACCAGAUUCUGGCAGAGGAAGCAGCAGCUCCAUGAAGACCACUCCAGAGGGCUCAGAGUUUGCUCUCCCACUGUCAGUCUCCUGGGCACCAACACCUGAGCACAGCCCCAUCCGUCAACAAAACACACCAGCCAUUACUGCUCAGGCAACACCCACAUCUGUCCAGCUUCCACCCAAUGACCCUGCACAGGUCAUGGCUACAGAGAUGGUGCAGCUGAGGAUAAGGCUUGAAGAGAAACGAAAAGCUAUUGAAGCUCAAAAGAAGAAAGUGGAAGCUGCUUUUACAAGGCAUCGGCAGAAGAUGGGCCACUCAGCAUUUCUCAAUGUGGUAAAGAGGAAAGCUGAUGGGGCUGUAAGUGGAGAGGAAGGGGGUCAAACUGAUGGAGAAGGAAAAUUGGCGAGCACAAGUCCCACAUUUAAAUUUGGCCAGAGCAAGGCUGAUACACCUGACGGAGCAGAACAAAGCACCACAUCCUCUUGUUGGCAGAAGACACCAGGUUCAGGAGAUGAGGGUGGACAAAGCCAUGCUCAGAUCACUGAAGCAGAUCUCUCAGAGUAUACACGUUCAAUCGAAAAGCUCAACCACUCUUUGGCAUUUCUCCAGGCUGAGAUGCAACGUUUAGCUCAGCAGCAGGAAGUUAUCAUGGCCAUGAGGGAACAACAGCAUCAGCAAGCCUGGGUCAUUCCCCCUCCUCAUACAAACCCCUCACCACAGAAACAUCCUCGACCUGGAGCUGUUACCCGCUCUUCUGGGCCUUCUUCCCCUGCCGACUCACCUCGUUCAACCCAUCGCUCUCCAACCAGCAUCAAACGCAAAUCGGCCUCCUUCCACUCACGCAAUCCUUGCACAGCUCGACCCAGUGAGCUUAAGCUGGCACCGUACAGUCGUGUCCUAACUGCACCACAGUCAGUCGAUAGCAUCCCGAGGUUGCGCAGGUUUUCUCCUUGCCAGCCUAUGCAGAGCUCCUUUAUUUAUAUGGGGGAGAAACCAGCAGCUGCCAGUCCAGAAACAAUCAACCAAGAUGGGGAUAAUACUAAAGAGACAGAUUCCAUCCUGUCCCCUGAGAGGGAGCUGGCUAGGAUGUGUGCUGUCUGCUCCCCUCACAGCUCUCCCAAGCUGCAGACCAAAACAGAACAAAGUGAAGUAGGUGCAAAUUUCUCCAACCAGGAAACAGAAUCUCACACCCAUGAUGAGAUUUCAGACACUGUAAAAGAUGACCAGAGCAGCACAGUUCAGAAAUCAUUUAUUGAACUUAAACCCACCAUUGAGUCUUCUUUCCCUGAGGUUCUUGCCCACCCUAUAGUAGAAACCUUCACAGUGACGCCAUCAGAGUUACCUCCAAAGCCAGAACCCUCCAGUCAGGCCAAAAGUAGUCUGAUUGAGGUUCCUUUGUCGGUCAUGAAGUCUACGGAGGAUCUGACAAUUGAUGACGGUUUGGAGAUGGAACAAGGCAGUACUGAGAGUUCAAAUGAUGAGCAAAGGUUAUGCCGUGGAUUCUUCUUUAAGGAGGAUGGCAAGGCAGAGGAGAACAUGGCACAAAGGAGAGCUGCACUGCUGGAAAAAAGGAUGAGGAGAGAAAAAGAGGGCCAGAUGAGGAAGAUGCAGCUGGAGGCCGAGUUGGAGCAGAAGAAAGAGGGAGCUCGAUUGAAAGCAGAGGAGGAGCGUAUCAGGAAGGAGGAGGAAAAGGCCAGGAAGGAGUUCAUCAAGCAGGAGUACCUGAGGAGGAAGCAGUUGAAGCUGAUGGAGGACAUGGACACCAUCAUCAAGCCCCGACCUGCCAAGCAGAAGCGGGGUCGACCAAAGUCCAUCCACCGGGACAGCAUGGACUCCCCAAAGACUCCUGUGAGAGCUCCCACAGGUUCACGCCAACGUUUCUUUUCAGUCUCCAGCUUGUCUCUGGCUUCGCUGACCUUGGGCGACAGUGACAGUGUUCACUCAGACAAAAGAGCGCCAAGGCCAGACUCUGCCGAUGGCUUUCUUUCACCAAGCCGCUCCAGCAGCAGAAACGGAGAAAAAGACUGGGAAAAUGCCUCAACCACCUCUUCUGUUACAUCCAACACAGAGUAUACUGGACCAAGGCUGUACAAAGAGCCCAGUGCCAAAUCUAAUAAGCACAUUAUCCAAAAUGCUCUGGCCCACUGCUGCCUCGCAGGCAAGGUCAACGAGGGGCAAAAGAACAAGAUCCUGGAGGAAAUGGAAAAAUCAGAGGCCAAUAACUUCCUGGUUUUGUUCCGGGAUUCUGGCUGCCAGUUCCGAUCCCUGUACACCUACUGCCCCGAAACACAGGAGAUCAUCAAACUCACAGGGAUCGGUCCAAAGAGCAUCACUCGCAAGAUGAUCGACGGACUCUACAAGUACAACUCGGACAAGAAGCAGUUUAGUCAGAUACCGGCAAAGACCAUGUCAGCCAGUGUGGAUGCCGUGACCAUCCACAACCACCUCUGGCAAACCAAGAAGCCAGCCACCCCUAAAAAAGUAGUGCCUGCACUGUCCUAAUAGAACUCUGUACCCCCAAUCAGUACCCAUCUCAGUUUGCACUUCGAUGUACAUAUCCAUAAGGAUUCCAACACCUGCAAUGCCAGUUUGAUGAAUGCUUAUUUAUCUUUUUUAUGUUAAUUUAUCCGCUCACUGCAUUCCUGUCGCUCUCUAUCUUGCAUAUUAUUGACUCAAUCUGACAGGAUGCAUCAGAUUAUGAAAAACUGGAUUGUUACCGUUGACCAAGUUAUUGAUAACAUUUGAGUCAGUCUUUAUAAGUACGUCUGAGUAUUGUUCUGUUUUAUUACGUGCUAAAAGUGGAAAAAGAGACAGUAUGAAUGCAAGGACAUUUUACGUGGUAACCUGAAGCACUGAAUGUUUUCAUGUACAGAUGGAUUUCUGUUUGUAUGAUUUUGUUGAUCCCGGGCCUUAUGCACAUUUUUUCUCUGUGUGAAUGCAUUGAAGGAAUUAUUAGGCUGAAACCUUUUAAGUGUUUUGAAGGGCACCUCUUUUCUUUAAUGUCUAUGGAUUUUACAGUUUGUAUGAAAAGGUUUGUGUGACUGUCAAAGGGCCAAAAACUAAUUUUAUACAGCUAGUGUUAGCCACACAAUUCACGUGUGCUCAGCUCAACAAAGCCAAGCGGUUUCAGCUUUUACAGAACAAUUUUGGGAGUAGAAGAAUGUCGCUGUAAGCCACUGGGUUUUCACCUGUGGGAUACGACACCUACUGACGAUUCAUGGUAUAAUGUAUAAUGGAUGCAUAAUAUCCAGGUAUUGGGUGAGAUUUGCAUUUGUAGUGAUACAGAUGCAAAAAUUACAUUAAGGAUGAAUGAUUCUGUCACGGUGGUUGUUUUAACUCUGGAGAAUUUUUAUAGCUGGUUUGUGAACAAAACAAAACACCUCAGUAUUAUUUUAUUUAUUUAAUCCUGCAAACAGCACCAUGUAGGAACCUUACAAUCAAUAACAAUAAUUUGUAAAACAUAUCCACCUGCUGGUUAGAGAAAUAUGACUGAAACUCAAGGAAUACAUAUUGCUCCUUUUAUUCUAAUUGAACUAAAUUCUUCUAGUAUUUUAACUGUAUUACUAAGCUCAAGAUUUAAACUCUUCAAAUAAUACUAAUAAUAUCUACACUUAUAAAAAAUGUGAGGCAAUUCCACUAAGCAAAAUACAGUCAGUUAAUAGAGCAAUUUUUUUUCACUCAGAUAAUUUCUCCUGUUGUGAAGUAAGUCAACCAUACAUCCAAGUAGUAGGAAAUUCUAUAGAAAAUAUCCAAUAAAAAAUAAGUUGCCAUAUGUCUUAUAUGUGUUGACCUUUUGAACAUAAAUAGGUUUUAACUUAAGUAAGCUAUCAGAUAGUGUGUGUAACAGCAGCCUAUUUGUAUGUUGUCCUCAAACACAACAUGUAUUAUUAAAGCUCUGUAAUGUGGUAAAUAAAUUUAUAUUCCUUGCUAUUUUAAAAAAAUUGGAAGCAAAAUGAUGCAAGGAAGAGAAGUGCAGGUGGAUCCAAGCUGCUGAAUACGGGUAGAGACUCACCAUCAAGUUUCAUUGGUAUCAAUAUCGUGUUAUUUUUGCCUCCGAAUGUCAGAUUAACACCAUGUGUGAUUUCUUUUUUUUUUCCUUUUUUACUAAAUAAAUCCUUAAACAUGGUGCUAUUAUUUUCAUAAGAGUGUUUUGUGGGGGAUGGGGUAUUUAUUACCAAAAGAAAGCAUGUACUGUACAUGCUUCUGAAAAAAUGUAAUUGAACAUGACGGAGAAAAAGAUCUAUCCACAGGAAGCACUGUCCAUUGGCUUUUGGCUGUUUAAGGCCAAGGGGGAAAAAAUUGUUUGAAGUGUAAUGAUACUGUACAGCGUGAUCAUGUGAGCUUUCUGUUUGCUAUGAUGCCUUUGUUUGUGCUGUCAUUUAACAUUGCACAGUAGUUCCAUUUUUAGAUUGUUCUUAUUUUUGUUUUUGAAAUGAAUAAACUUCAGCAUGACCUCA